CCAUCACUCACCAAAAACCUCAAAUCCUUAAACAAAAUCAAACCAUGGCUAAGCUUAUUCUCGUUUUCGCAACUUUUGCCCUCUUCAUCCUCCUAGCCAACGCUUCCAUCUACCGCACAGUGGUGGAGUUCGAGGAAGAAGAUGACGUGAGCAACCGGCCAGGACAAGGUAAGUGCCAGAGGGAGUUUAUGCAGCAUCAGCAACUAAGAGGUUGCAAGCAAUGGAUCCGAAAGAGAGCUCAACAAGGAAGAAUCGGAUACGAAGCUGAUGACUUUGAGCUCACUCUUGAUGUCGAUCUUGAGGACGAUGAGAACCCAAUGGGGCCUCAACAACAAUCAUCUCUUAAAAUGUGUUGUAAUGAAUUAAGACAAGUGGACAAGAUGUGUGUGUGUCCUACACUGAAAAAGGCAGCUCAACAAGUUAGGUUCCAGGGAAUGCAUGGACAACAACAGAUGAAACAUGUGUUUCAGACUGCUCAGAACUUGCCUAACAUUUGCAAAAUCCCUGCAGUUGGAUCCUGCCAGUUCAAGGCAUCUCCUUACUAAGAUCAUGAAGAGGACCAGACUAUAAAAGCACACACUUACACUUGGUGGUUUUGUUAAUGAUAAUAAAAAAGUCUCACACUUGUAUGUGGCGUGUUUGUGUUUGUAUCGUAGAUAUAUGUUUGUUCUGUAUGAGUUAAGAGUCUUAGAGGCAAUAUUACACCUUGUAGUGUAAUGUAACUUGCCCUACCCCCUUAAAUAAAAAGAGUGUUCUUGG